AGGCUGGGGACAAGCCGCCCCACCCUGUGACACUCAGACAGCGACGCCCAACCCCGGGUCCAUUUUGAGUGCCUCCCUUUGGGAAGGGGGAUGAAUCAGGGUGGGCGGGGACAGAGGGGUCCUCCCGCCGUGCCUCCCGGAGUGCCCACAGUCCUCCUGCUCGGGUCCCAGGCAGUUGCAGCAACAAGCCACGAGCUCCACGUCUGGAGACUUAACAGCGCCCCUUGGUCCGGCCCAAUGGUGGGGCCCAGGGGCCAGGGCAGCCCCUGCUGGGAGGAGGAUGAGUGCCUGGACUACUACGGGCUGCAGCCCCUGCACCGCGUGUUCCAGGUGGUGGGCGCCCAGCUGAGCGAGCAGGAGCUUGCCGUGCUCUCCUUUCUCUUGGAAGAGGCUCUGCCGGCGCCCCAGGACAGCCCGCCCGGCCUGGCCCCGCGGGGGGGCCCGCAGCCGGCCCCCUCCCGCUCCGGGCUGGAGCUCCUGCUUGAGCUGGAGAGGAGGGGCCAGUGCGACGAGGCCCGCCUGGGGCCCCUGAAACAGCUGCUUCGGGUGCUGUCCCGCCAGGACCUGCUGCCCAAGCUCUCGCUCAAGCGGAUGCGCCCAGUGUCCCCAGAGCGCCAUAGCUGUAGUCCUUCUGGCUCAGAGACUGAGAGGCCAGAAGGGAACUGCUUGGGUCCAGCCAGCACCACUUCCCCUCGGGCUCAGUGGGAGACAGGUUCACCUCCUGGGAAGAGGCAGAGGCGAAGCCUGGGCCGCUCCAGUGCCAGAGGCAGGAGGCGGCGGGGCCCGCAGGGAGCUUCUCGGGCAAGAAAUCCUGGAUCAUCUUCCACUCCGAACAGAGUGACCUGUGAUAUCCGCCUUCGAGUACGGGCCGAGUACUGUGAGCAUGGGUCGGCCCUGGCCCAGGGGGUGGCGUCCCGGCGGCCCCAGUCACUGGCCCGCCAGCUGGACCUGUUCGGGCAGGCCAUGGCCGUGCUGAAAUCGAGGGACCUGGGUUCCGUGGUGUGUGACAUCAAGUUCUCCGAGCUUUCGUACCUGGAUGCUUUUUGGGGGGACUACCUGAGCGGGGCCCUGCUCCAGGCCCUGCGGGGCGUCUUCCUGACAGAGGCCCUUCGGGAGGCUGUGGGCCGGGAGCCCAUCCGCCUGCUGGUCAGCGUGGACGAGGGGGACUACGAGGCCGGUCGGCGCCGCCUGCUGCUGCUGGGGGGCCAGGCCCCGCCACCCCGCUGACCGGGGCCUCGGACAUCUGGGAGGAGGCGCCGCUGCCCUGCCCGGCCGUCGUCCUCACCUGGCUCCCUCCCCGCCUGGCUUGGGUGUCUGAGAGCCCUGUCCCCACUGUGGGUGGGCUGGUGGGUAGCCCAGGGUGGGGGGCUCCCUCCUCUCUUCUCCCCUCCUCCCCACGAGGAGAGCGUACGUUCAGUGUAGCCGAUGUAGACUUUGUUCCUAGGCCCAUGCCGUCCCUAGCUCCAGCCACCCAGGCCUUCCGAUACCGGCAGCCAGCCCAGCAGGGCCACGGGCAGGGCAGGGAGGCCCUGGGCAUCUCCAGCAAGCACAGGCCACAGAGGCCACCUGGUCCAGCCCCCUUGUUUACUGAUGAGACGGCUGAGGCCCAGAGAGGAGGGAAGGAGACCCAGAGCCCCCAGACCCAGCCUUCGGUGGGGUGCUCAUGGGACCACUCGGGAGCCUGGAUCUCUGCGGGGGCGUCCUCUGGGGUGGGGUAGGGCCUUCAGUCUCCCCAGCUGUAAAGGGAGGGAGUUGGGCUUGUAGGCCGAAGAAGUGCUGGGGUGGGAGGCAGCUUGGAGGCCAUCGAGCCCUGCCCCUCCUUUGAGGAGGCCGGCCGGAGAGGAAGGAACUUGCCCAAGGGCCCUGUCUUCUGGAGUUCUGUCCCCCCCACGGCCCGCCUGGGCCAUGCCGGUUGUUUGGGUGGCUGCCAUGGGGGAGUCGGGAGGCUGGAGAAUGCUGGCCGGGCGGGAUGGGGAAAGCCAGUGAUCCGUCUGGGCGUCUGGAAAAUGGGUUCCAUCUACACGCUGGCACUUGCGGGAACGUUGAGCUUCCUGGUCUGGCUCCGGCCACAGCUUCCCUUGGCUCUGCACUUUGUCUCCGGGAGGAGGCCGAGGCCCAGGCGGAGGCUGGCCUCGAAGCCCGCUGCACACUGUGGGGUGACUGGAGAGUAGCUUCAGGGCUUCUCAGCUCCCACCCCCAGCCACACCAGCCCUGGGGCACAUCUGCGGGCCGCUGGGGGAUGCCGGAUGAGGCCUGGGAGCCGACACCAAUAAAGACGAGGCCUGGGAGAGGCCAAGCUAGGAAUGAAA